AUGGCGCAAGCACAGCAGGUCGCCCUGGACCGGCUGGACAACAUCUCCCGCGCUCUAAAAUCAAGAACGAGCGAUGAUUUGCGAAAACGAUCCGCCGUGCAGCUUCGCGAGCUUGUGGCUGUCUGCCAUCGAGACCUAAGCCCCGAGCAAUUCCAGGUUUUCUACAACUCAGUCAACAACAGGAUCACACAGCUCAUCACACAUGGAAACGACUCGUCCGAGCGACUCGGAGGCAUCUAUGCCCUCGAUGCGCUCAUCGAUUUCGAUGGCGUCGACGUCGGCGUCAAAUACACGCGUUUCACACAGAACCUCAAGACCAUUCUUCGAGGCAAAGACAUCAACCCUAUGCAACCAGCAGCGAUCGCGCUGGGGAAAUUAUGUCGCCCGGGCGGCGCGAUGAUAUCAGAAGUGGUGGACUCAGAGGUUAAUACCGCUCUCGAGUGGCUACAGAACGACCGCAUCGAGGAACGAAGAUAUAGCGCUGUCCUCGUUCUCCGCGAACUGGCCCGUAGUGCCCCAACGCUUAUGUACCAAUAUAUACCGACAAUCUUCGACUGGAUCUGGGUAGGACUCCGAGAUCCUCGACAGCUUAUUCGGGCAACAUCAGCGGAAACAGUUAGCGCCUGUUUCCGUAUCCUUCGUGAACGAGACCAGGACAUGAAGCAACUAUGGAUGGAUAAGAUCUAUAACGAAGCGAGAUCCGGUCUCAAGGUGAACACUGUCGAGUCGAUUCACGGCUCGUUGCUGGUCUUGAAGGAACUGCUCGAGCAGGGAGCUAUGUACAUGCAGGAGCAUUACCAAGAGGCAUGCGAAAUUGUCUUCAAACACAAGGACCAUAGAGACCCGACUAUUCGAAAGACCGUGGUUCUUUUAAUCCCAGACCUUGCCAGCUACUCGCCAGCUGACUUUGCACACACUUGGCUGCACAAGUUCAUGGUAUACCUAUCCGGCAUGCUGAAGAAGGACAAAGAGCGUAACGAUGCUUUCCUUGCCAUUGGUAACAUAGCCAAUUCGGUGAAAAGCGCUAUUGCCCCGUACCUCGAUGGUGUCCUUAUUUACGUGCGCGAAGGUCUCAGCCUCCAGUCCCGCAAGAGAGGUUCAGUCGACCCUGUCUUUGACUGCAUUAGUCGUCUUGCCGUCGCGGUUGGUCAGACUCUCAGCAAAUACAUGGAGGCACUCUUGGAUCCUAUUUUUGCGUGCGAUCUCACCCCCAAGCUCACACAGGCUCUCGUCGAUAUGGCCUUCUACAUCCCCCCCGUCAAGCCGACCAUCCAGGAGAGACUACUUGAUAUGCUCAGCGUAGUUCUCUGCGGCGAACCGUUUAAACCGCUUGGCGCUCCACAACCGAAUACUCUCAGCUCAGUCCCGAUUAUUCCCAAAGACGCAAAAGACCCCCACGCUUACGAGCACCGAAGGGCUGAGGUAAAAUUGGCGCUCAACACUCUCGGGAGCUUCGAUUUCUCGGGGCAUGUUCUGAACGAGUUCGUCCGAGAUGUCGCGAUCAAGUAUGUUGAAGACGAGGAUCCAGAAAUCCGCGAGGCAGCGGCCUUGACAUGCUGCCAACUAUACGUUCGCGAUCCAAUUGUCAACCAGACGAGUUACCAUGCGCUUCAGGUUGUGGGUGAUGUGAUCGAGAAACUACUCACAGUCGGAGUCUCCGAUCCUGAACCGAAUAUCAGGCGGACAGUUCUGGCGGCUCUCGACGAACGAUUUGACAGACACUUGGCCAAGGCCGAAAACAUUCGCAUCCUAUUCUUUGCGCUCAACGACGAGGUUUUCUCGAUCAGAGAAGUCGCCAUCUCUAUCAUCGGCCGCUUGGCUAGAUACAACCCAGCAUAUGUCAUUCCUUCGCUACGAAAGACUCUCAUUCAGAUGCUUACUGAGCUCGAGUUUUCCGAUGUCGCCAGGAACAAGGAGGAAAGCGCAAAGCUGUUGAGCCUCUUGGUUCAAAAUGCGCAAUCUCUCAUCAAGCCCUAUGUUGAGCCCAUGAUCUCAGUACUUCUCCCCAAAGCCAAGGACGGCAAUCCUUCUGUUGCUGCUACCAUUCUUAAGGCCAUUGGUGAGCUUGCGACCGUGGGCGGUGAGGAUAUGAUGCCGUACAAGGACCGACUGAUGCCAAUUAUUCUUGAUGCGCUACAGGAUCAGAGCUCUAACGCAAAACGAGGUGCCGCUCUACAUGCUCUGGGACAGCUUGCGAGCAAUUCAGGAUACGUUAUUCUGCCAUACAUCGAAUACCCACAGCUGCUCGAGAUCCUGCAGAGCAUCAUCCGAACCGAAGGGCAACAAGUACCCCUGCGACAGGAGACGAUCAAACUGAUGGGUAUUCUUGGCGCUCUGGAUCCUUACAAACAUCAGGUAAAUCUGGCGAAAUGGCGAAAAUUGAUGCAACUAUUGACACCAGAUCAGGCCGAGGAACGAACCCCCGAUUCUCGACGCGGCGAGGCCAACCAACUAACAGACAUUUCUCUCAUGAUGACCGGAUUAACACCUUCUAACAAAGAGUACUUCCCGACUGUUGUGAUUAAUGCUCUUCUCGCGAUCCUGAAGGACUCUUCGUUGGUCCAGCACCACGCCGCUGUGAUUGAAGCGAUCAUGAACAUCUUUCGCACCCUUGGCUUGGAGUGUGUGUCCUUCCUUGAUAGAAUCAUACCGGCAUUCCUACAGGUGAUACGAUCUGCGACCUCGACAAGACUCGAGUCUUACUUCAAUCAACUGGCCACCCUCGUCAGCAUCGUGCGACAACACAUAAGGAAUUACCUACCGUCAAUUGUUGAGAUCCUGCAGGAGUACUGGCAUACCUCACCUUCACUACAGACUACGAUUUUGUCCCUGGUCGAGGCCAUCUCGAGAUCGCUUGAGGGCGAAUUCAAAAUUUACCUGGCUGGACUGCUACCACUGAUGCUCGGUGUUCUUGACAAGGAUACUUCCGCCAAGCGCACUCCAUCGGAGAGAGUGAUGCACGCCUUCUUGGUGUUUGGUGCCAGUGCUGAGGAGUACAUGCAUCUCAUCAUUCCCGUCAUCGUCAGGACAUUCGAGAAGCAGGGUCAGCCUACGUUCAUCAGAAAGCAGGCCAUCGACACGAUCGGCAAGAUCUCUCGCCAAGUGAACCUUAACGACUUCGCUGCGAAGAUCAUCCACCCACUUACACGCGUCUUGGACAUGGGUGAGCCUGUCCUCCGUACCGCUGCGCUAGAUACGCUCUGCGCGCUCAUCCAACAGCUGGGCAAAGACUAUCUACACUUUAUGGGUACAGUCAACAAGACCAUCAAUCAGCACCAGAUCCAGCACUCCAAUUACGAGCUACUUGUGAGCAAGCUUCAGAAGGGAGAGGUACUGCCACAGGACUUGAGCUCUGGCGUUGGCUUUGCUGAUGGCGCAGACGAGACUCCUUUUGCGGACCAGGGCACUAAGAAGCUGGAGAUGAAUGCCAUUCAUUUGAAGGCUGCUUGGGAUACUAAAGGCAAAUCCACAAAGGAGGAUUGGCAAGAGUGGCUGCGACGCUUCAGUACAACAUUGCUUACCGAAUCACCGAACCAUGCUCUCCGAGCUUGUGCCAGCCUCGCCAGCGUGUAUCUACCUCUGGCUCGAGAGCUCUUUAACUCAGCGUUCGUGUCUUGCUGGAGCGAGCUCUAUGAACAAUUCCAAGACGAACUCAUCCAGAACAUCGAGAGCGCUAUAAAAUCCGAGAACGUACCACCCGAUCUGCUUGGCCUCCUACUCAACCUCGCCGAGUUUAUGGAGCAUGACGACAAGGCUUUGCCGAUCGACAUUCGAGUUCUCGGUAGGGAGGCAGCUCGCUGUCACGCGUACGCGAAGGCCCUGCAUUACAAGGAGCUCGAGUUCCUGCAAGACCAGAGCAGUGGUGCGGUCGAGGCCCUGAUCGUUAUCAACAAUCAGCUCCAACAGUCUGAUGCAGCUAUCGGUAUUCUCCGCAAAGCUCAACUGUAUAAGGAAGGCAUCCAGCUGCGGGAGACCUGGUUCGAGAAGUUGGAGCGUUGGGAAGAGGCGCUGGCGUUUUAUGAAAAGCGUGAGGAGGAGGUGCCUGAGGAUCAGGCGAUACCCGUUGACAUCGUCAUGGGUAAGAUGCGUUGUUUGCAUGCUUUGGGAGAGUGGGAGGCUUUGGCUUCAUUGACUGGGAGCACCUGGGCCAACUCUACGCCCGAGGUUCAGAGAAUGAUUGCUCCUCUUGCCACGGCUGCUGCAUGGGGUCUGAAUAAGUGGGAUUCCAUGGACAACUAUCUUUCGUCGCUCAAGAGAUACUCACCCGACCGAUCAUUCUUCGGUGCGAUUUUGGCGCUCCACCGCAAUCAGUUCCGCGAGGCGAUUGCAUGCGUUCAGCAAGCUCGUGAAGGCCUGGAUACCGAGUUGAGUGCGUUGGUUAGUGAGUCGUACAACCGGGCAUACCAGGUCGUCGUUCGCGUGCAGAUGCUUGCUGAGCUUGAGGAGCUCAUCGUCUACAAGCAGUGCGACGAGAAGAAGCAGGCCAUAAUGCGACGAACUUGGGAGACCCGACUGAAGGGUUGUCAGAGGAACGUCGAGGUUUGGCAGCGCAUGCUCAGACUACGGGCCAUAGUGAUUGCACCGACGGAGAAUAUGCACAUGUGGAUCAAGUUUGCCAACCUUUGCCGCAAGUCUGGACGAAUGGGACUGGCCGAGAAGUCUCUCAAACAACUCAUUGGAACCGACGCUCCUCUCAUAUCAGCAAUUCCUUAUUGGAACGAGCAGCGACAGCCAGCAUCCAACCCCAGAGCUGCACCAGCCGCACAGGUCAUCUAUGCCGUGCUCAAGUACCAGUGGGAGCUUGGACAGCAGCUGCCCGUCAACAAGGGUAGCAUACCAGAGAAGACGCUGUAUUGCCUGCGCAAGUUCACCAACGAUGCUGCGCACCGUCUCGAGGUUGCCAGGGCCCACCUUGCUGCACAAGCUGGUAACGAUGCCAGUAUCACUGGCGACUACGGAUUCCAGAACCCGAUGGAUCCUGCCCUCAUAAGCCCACAUACCUCACGAGCGCUGUAUGACCAAACAGUCCUCCUUGCCAAGUGCUAUCUGCGCCAGGGAGAGUGGCUGAUUGCGCUCAACAAGGAUGAUUGGCAGUACACUCAGGUUCAAGACAUUCUUUUGUCUUACUCUCAGGCGACCAAGUACAAUCCUCGAUGGUACAAGGCCUGGCAUGCUUGGGCGCUGGCCAAUUUUGAGAUUGUGCAGACACUGACAGCUGGAAAUGAAGGACACUUGUCGAGGACAGACCAGAGUAUGGUGAUUGAUCACGUGGUUCCCGCUGUCAAGGGCUUCUUCAAAUCCAUCGCACUUUCACAGGGAAGCUCCCUUCAGGAUACUCUUCGACUGUUGACACUCUGGUUUACUCAUGGUGGAAGUUCAGAUGUCAACGUAGCCGUUACCGAAGGCUUCGCUAAUGUCAGCGUGGACACAUGGCUCGAGGUCAUUCCUCAGUUGAUCGCCCGCAUCAACCAGCCUAACAAGCGAGUUCAGCAAUCGGUGCACAACCUUCUUGCAGAUGUCGGACGAGCUCAUCCUCAGGCUCUGGUCUACCCUCUCACUGUCGCCAUGAAAUCUUGGCAGAACACGCGUAGAUCUCGUUCUGCAGCUCAAAUUAUGGAUAGCAUGAGACAGCACAGCGCAAACCUGGUCGCUCAGGCCGACACGGUCAGUCAUGAACUGAUUCGUGUCGCCGUCCUGUGGCAUGAGCUUUGGCAUGAGGGAUUGGAGGAAGCUUCGCGAUUGUACUUUGGUGAUAGCAACAUUGAAGGCAUGUUUGCAACACUGGCGCCUCUCCACGAACUCCUGGAGCGUGGACCCGAGACCCUCCGCGAGAUCUCCUUUGCACAGGCUUUCGGUCGCGAUCUUAAGGAGGCGCAAGACUGGUGCCGACAGUACGAGACAAGCCAAGACGUCAAUGACCUGAACCAGGCGUGGGAUCUGUAUUAUCAGGUAUUCCGCAGAAUAAGUAGGCAGCUACCGCAGGUGACCACGCUGGAGUUGACGUACUGCUCGCCUAAGCUUCUUAACGCGAAGAACUUGGACCUGGCAGUUCCGGGAACAUACAAGAGCGGACAGCCCAUCGUGAGGAUAAUGUCCUUUGACACAACGUUUAGUGUUAUCAACUCUAAGCAACGUCCACGAAAGCUCAACGUCAACGGCAGUGACGGCAAGUCGUACGCGUUCCUGCUCAAGGGCCACGAGGAUAUCCGCCAGGACGAACGAGUUAUGCAGCUGUUCGGCCUGUGCAACACGCUCCUCUCCCACGACUCGGAGUGCUUCAAGCGCCACCUCAACAUCCAGCGCUACCCUGCCAUCCCGCUCUCGCAGAAUAGCGGUCUGCUCGGGUGGGUUCCCAACAGCGACACCCUGCACGUUCUUAUUAGGGAGUAUCGUGAGAGUCGCAAGAUCCUGCUCAACAUUGAACACCGCAUCAUGCUCCAGAUGGCCCCCGACUACGAUAACCUCACCUUGAUGCAGAAAGUCGAGGUGUUUGGCUAUGCGCUCGACAACACCACGGGACAGGACCUGUACCGUGUUCUUUGGCUCAAGUCAAAGUCUUCUGAGGCUUGGCUUGAGAGACGAACCAACUACACUCGUUCUCUUGGUGUCAUGUCGAUGGUGGGAUACAUUCUGGGACUGGGCGAUCGUCAUCCUUCCAACUUGAUGCUUGACCGCGUCACUGGAAAGAUUAUUCACAUCGAUUUCGGUGAUUGUUUCGAGGUGGCGAUGAAGAGAGAGAAAUACCCGGAGAGGGUUCCCUUCCGACUCACUCGCAUGCUGACCUAUGCUAUGGAAGUUAGCAACAUUGAGGGUAGCUUUAGAAUCACAUGCGAGAACGUGAUGAGGGUUCUACGAGACAACAAAGAGAGCGUCAUGGCUGUUCUCGAAGCAUUCAUCCACGAUCCUCUCCUUACGUGGCGUCUCACAAGCGCCGCAUCCCCAACAGGCCCCAACUUCAACUCAGACCACGACACAGCCAUGCCCGUCCCCGGCGGAGUCCGCGCACGUCGCCAAUCCAUCCUGGACAGCGACGUCGCGCCCUCCGAACUCCUCAACGCACCCGAGCCAUCAAUCCAGACACGUGCUCGCGCCCGCACAAACAGCUCAGCGGGUGAAGCCUUGACCAACGGCGGCGCACCAGAGGUGGAGAGCCAGAACGCGAGGGCGGUGGAGGUGCUGGACCGCGUGCAGCAGAAGCUUACGGGUCGGGACUUCAAGACCAACGAGGAGCUGGAUGUCAUUGCGCAGGUCAAUAAGUUGAUCAUGGAGGCUACGAAGCUGGAGAAUCUGUGCCAGCACUACAUAGGAUGGUGCAGCUUCUGGUGA